CAAAUUUGGCAAGGUCAAAGUUUUGUGUUCAACCACUAAAUUUAUGAGAGGGUUCGGCCAUUUUAUCAAUGUUUUGCUGCUUCAAGUCUAAGCUAUUGAGAUAUAUUAAAUUUGAUGUUAAAAAACAACAACAAGCAGGAGUUAAUCAUUAUACAAGUUUUCAGAGGAUAAUUUCAGUUAUGUGAGAUUUUGAAGAGUCUUUUCCAUGGCAGAAAAUAAUCAAUACAGAAAAAGUAGUUGCCAUAACAUGUCUCAUAGUAGUAUGAACAACGCCAACAAUGAAGUAUCAGCUAGCAGUUCAACCUCAGAAAUGCAAUCAUCUAGUCUGUUGUCUGUCAACCAUGGGGAUAGUGCAUUAAUGAUUCCACUGAGUGCUGAGAACUUGGACACACUUCGUGCUAGCGGUAUUCAGUUUUCUUCAUCUGGUUUAAGUGUUGGCAGCAGUAGUGUAAAUUUAGAGGAAAAUAGCAGUGCAGUUACAGGCAGUGGUAGUUUCAAUCUUAGUUUUGGCAAUGUGAAUAUGAUCCUGAAUAAUGGGGUGGAUGCGAGUGAUUCAGGUGUUAUCUUGGAGGCAGUAAGUCUCAAUGAACACAACCAACACCACCACCAUCAGCAGCACUUGCAACUUCAACAGCAUCACCAACAAAGUAUCCAGACCUCCAAUCAAUCAGCUGGCAGCAAUGGAAGAAACAUGUUGCAUUCCAAUGAAAUCAACUCUAAUAACAUCAUGGACAGCCAGUCUUUAGGCAAUGGGCAUGUGUUGAAUUUGAACAACAGCGAAGGUAUUCAUAUUUGUGAUGUUAGCAACUCUGCUAGUGGUCUCAUUCAAGCCUUAGGUGCUGCAGUGAGCAGGGCAGUGGCCAAUAGUAACUUGUCCAGCCUUUUCUCUACCUCAAUGAACCUACCUUUAACAAUGAAUCAAAAUGGCAAUGAAAUAAUUACCUUCAACACAGUUUCUCCGAACACCACACCGAAUCAACAGCACCAGCUACUUUUAAACCAAAUCAACGCUAACAGCCUGCUCAACGCGCUGCCUUCUACUAACCUGCUCUCCAGUUCAAGUGCUGUUGAAUCUAGCUCUCACAGCCUGAUGUCAAGAGGAGGAAGGAAUUCAAUGACACAAUCUUCAGGCAUUGGAAAUAGCUCUUUGGUGACUGUUACCAUUGACCAACAACAGCAACAGCAGCAGCAACAUUUGUGGGUGCAACCUGACCAGAGCAGUUUUCUGCCAUCAACUAUCAACUUGGCAUCUCAAGGACUCUCAUUGCAAGGGGCCAUUACUCUGCAGAGUCCAACUAGCUCCCAAGACAACUCAAUUCAAGUUCAGGAACUGCAACACUCUCAAAUUAAUGGAAAUCACUUUCAGGACCUGAGAUCUCAGUUCCCUGGUGUUUUUCAAGUAUCUCAACAAGGGAACAGAAAUGAUACUUAUCAGGGAGUUGCUCAUUCCACAUUUGGGCAGGCUAUCAACUCUCAAGAUUAUCGCAAUCUUGGUGAAGACAGCGAAGCCACACCAUCGUACUCUGGAUCACAACAUCUCUCAAAUGAGGUGACUGUGAAUACAGCCAGCCAGCUUGUUAGUGCUCCUGUGGUGGACAGCAGUACUCUUCAGCAGGGUUAUCAGCUUGUGUUUGAUGCAGAGAAUCGAGUAAUAACUGUGCAGAGAGUUAUGUCCCCAUCUGACUGUACUGUUAGCCAAUCAUCUCUAAGCUUUGAGAAUUCAGAAGCCCAGGCUAGUAUGUUACCAAUAGGAUCUCAAUCAGGGCAGGCAUUCACUAUGGUCCAUGUGAACUCAGUACAGAAUCCCUUUGGGCCAGGAAGUAGUGCUAAUGAAGUCAGUACAACCUCGAUGGUCAGAAGUAUACUAGGAACUCAUGACCAAGGAAGUAACAUGGCAGGCAGUUCCAUAGAUGAUGGGAUGGCCUCAUCUUCCUACAGUCAUAGCGAGAUUGCUUUACCCAAGAUUGAGAUCAAAUCAGACUUUGAAGAGGCAACAGAAUGUGAUACCACACAAGAAGAUGACUACCAGCACACCAGAAGUCCAAACUACAUGGACACAUCAUCCAACAACAUUGAUGAGGAGCAGUCUUUGGACUCGACCACUUUACACUCCACAAUGCAAGCAGCUGCCAGCUCUGAAGAGGUGAUGGGCCAUGCACUGAAUAGCAGUGAUCUUGACUCUAUGCAGCCUGUGGCUAUGUCCCAAGACUCUGGCCAAGAAUUAAUGCCUGGGCCAAGUGGUUUGCAACAAUUUGUUAGCAGUGAGACACCCAAAGUGGACUCGGUGAGACAGUCAGCCAGGGUUGUUGGGUGUUUGCGUAAAAGUAAAAGACUUGAAAAAGUGAAACUUGAGCCUAAAGCAAGCCAGAGAAAAAAAGAUUACAAGUCUCAGCCUUACUCUGUGCAAUGUCUAUGGUGUGAAGAUUGCAUGCAGAUUUAUGAGAAUGGAUGUCCUACUCACAAAGUUGCUAUCAUACAAGAUAGAGUGGUGUUGACCAGGGCAUAUGCCAGUUUGCCUAACCAGUUACAGAUAAUUAAAAUAAACGAUUCUCAGCCAGGCGAUACAGAACCAGCAGAUCAUGGUGUUCAAGCCAAGCGACAGAUUGCCAAAUACACACAGUUUGGGCCUUUAGUGGCAGAUCUUGUUGACUCCAUUGACCAAGUUACCAGAAAGUCAUUUCCCCUAAAGCUAGAGUUGCCUGAUGGAAGUUUCAAAUAUUUAGAUUGUGUUGAUGAAGACAAGUGCAACUGGAUGAUGUUUGUAAGACCAGCCAAGACAUUUGCUGAACAAAACUUGGUGGCCUAUCAGUAUAAAGAUGGUAUCUACUUCUCUGUCACAAAACAAAUUGAGAGCAAGCAAGAGCUGAAGGUGUGGUAUGCUGCCCACUAUGCUGGUCAUUUGGGAGUAAAAACUCUGGAACUUACUGAGGAGGAUAUGAGAGCUCUAGAUGAAGCAGAUGCCAAGUUUGGCUGCUUUGAGUGCAGUCGCAAGUUCAUGUCUUCUGCUGCCCUGCAGCAACAUCUCAGCACUCAUGAUGCAGAAGACAUGAGGGAUCUAGAUGAAGAUGGUGAUCACGAUGGGGAUUUUUUUACUGGAUCUGAGGAUGGUGUCAAAGGAAGGUUGAAAACAAAACGUGCAGGGCGCAGAGCCAUCAGAAAUAAGCGUUUGGGAGACAGCUAUCAGUGGAAGAAAAAGAAAUCAACCACAAUUUAUCUGAGUAAGACCUUGAAACGAUACAAAAGAAGACAAUGUUCUGAGAAGACUCUUCUGACUGUGAAAGGCAUGUACAAGCAUCAAGGCAAAGUGUCUGGAGGUAGUGAGUGGAUGUGUACUCACUGUGACCUGACCUUUGAUAACUCCUCUCUCCUCAACUUGCACACUCUGACGCAUGCAGCAGAAGACCUGGGGAUGGAGGAGUUUAAGAAACUGGCAGCAGAACAAGGAACGGAGACUGGUGUCAAUGUAUCUGAUGGAACUGGUGAUCAGGAUAAUGCUUCAGGGCUGGCCAAUAUCAUGGCAUUAAAUGGGAUUUUGCUGGCAUGUCCAGAGUGCAAUAAAGUGUUUGAUGACCAUAAAAGUCUGAUGAACCAUGUAGCUAUGCAUGCUCAGCCUACAAAAAACAGCAGGCCUUUUAACUGCACCAAAUGUUCCAAACGUUUUUCAACUCAAGAGAAACUCAUCAAACACCAGAUGGUUCAUGGAGAUGAGUCAGAAAAACCCUUGCAGUGUACUGUCUGUUUAAAACGUGUGAUGAACAACUCUGCCAUGGCCUGCCACAUGAAGAUCCACAGUGAGAAAAAGUAUUAUGAUUGCCCCUUGUGUAAUGAGGACUUUGAUAUGGUGUCCAGCCUUAGGGACCAUGCUCUGAAACACAUGGAUGAGCAGGGGCACUACCCUUGCAAGUCUUGUCCAAAAGUCUUUGAUGAUUUCACUGUCCUGAAGAAGCAUACCAAGGGGUUUCACUCUGACAAAAUGCUAGAAUGUCCAGAAUGCUCUAAGCCAUUUCCUAGACUAGACAAACUGCGACUCCACAUGCUCAGGCACACAAGCCACAGAGAGUUCAUGUGUGAAACAUGUGGACGUCAAUUUAAGCGUAAAGACAAGCUGAAGGAACACACCAGGAGGAUGCAUUCAAAGGAAAGGGUGGAACAGCAGCUGUUUGCCAGGCAACACAACAUGAAACACAGUACCAAGUUUACACCUAAGGUGCUUCCUUCAGAAUGGCACCGGUUCAUUUAUAAGUGUCACAGCUGCCUGUUGGGCUUCAAACGAAGAGGCAUGCUUGUUAACCACUUAGCCAAGAGGCACCCAGAAAUUAAGCCAGAAAAUGUUCCAGAGUUGAACCUGCCCAUCCUUAAAACCCAGAAAGAUUUUUAUUGUCAGUAUUGUGAUAAGAUUUACAAGUCAUCCUCCAAACGUAAAACACACAUCCAAAAGAAUCACCCAGGGUUACCAAUACCCCCCUCAGCCAGGAAAAAGCUGGAGACAGCCACCCCCACCUUCUCCCACACUGUGAGCAGUGUAACCACAAUGCCCCAUGGUUGUAAGUUCUGUCAUAAACAAUAUGCCAGCAAAGCUAAACUUUUGCAGCACCAACGUAAAUUACAUCCAGAUUUUGUUGAACCUGUGCAUGAAAGAAAGAAAAUUAAAAAAUCUCAUCCUGAUUUUCUUAUCACAGUUGCAGAUCCUAAUCAAGGCAUGGAGAGAUAUGAAGGUGUUCCUAUUACAGUAGUCUCCCAGGGAGACUCUGUGAAUGGAGCUGACCUCCUGACCCAAGCCAUGAGUGAACUACAGAGCUACACUACAGACUUUAUCAAUAGUUCUAGACUAACAACAGGCUGCACACCAACAAUGGUUCAUAUACAGUCCAAUGGACAGCUACAGCCAACCACUAUUGAUAUCAACCAACUUAACCUACAACUGCACUCACUCACCUCACAGAAUGGAGGGGUGGCUACUGUUCUGACACAACCCACUCAACCAACCAGCCCCACACAGCUGGUGACAGUGGUGGCACCCAAUGGCUCGCAGACAUUGAACUUGAGCAAUGCCCAGUUUAUAACAAAAGCUUGGACUAGUGGGUUUCCGUCCACUUUUCGCUGAUCUCUUGUCUCUCUAGUCUGAUAUUGAACAUAGGUACUUCAGUGUUUCAAACUUUUGCUAUAAUUUAUAGUAUACUUUGAGUUUCAAGAUGAAGGAAUGACUAAUAGGACAUGAAAAAAAAAAAAACAGUAUUAACUUAAAUGAUGCUAGCCUCUGAGUUGCUAAGAUACUCAACAAUUGCGGCACAUUUUAAGUAUUUCAUAUGACCUUCACAAAGAUGUAAAUAUGAGAUGUCAUGAGAUUGUCAAGCUAUUAUCACUAGCCUUACCAGACUACUCAUAGGGUUACAAGUCUUGCAUAAAUAAUUGUACUAUGCAACCAAAUGGUCAUGAACUAAAAACUGUUAGACUUCAGGGUAAACUAGUGGAGGAAAAGAAACUCAAAAGUCAAGAUCUACUGAACAGAACUCAUGUCUGGUUUAUAUUAGUCUUGAUGAGUUUUAGUGAUGCUUCUAGGAUGGACUUUUCCUAAUUUGAUGAGGUUUCAAAGAUGCACUCAGCAUUUCAACUACACAAUCAGACUUUGUGUUUACAUACCAUUUAUAAUGUACUAAAGAACUGAAUGAGUGAACUCUUUCUAAUCCAAGUUUCCUGAACAAAGUGUUGUAGACUAGUUUUUAUCCACUUGUGCUGUGAUAUGCAUUGUUUGUUCACCUAUAGCUUCCAUAUGAAUAAAAGAGCAGGAAAAGCUUUAAACAUAUCUUGCAUGUGCCCUGCAGCUUCAAUGCGAUACUCAUUAAUAUUGUGAUAGGGACAUUUUUAUGAAUAUACAUUUCAGCUAGUCACAAAAACUUACUUUUUUUUCUUCAUAAUAUACUCUUAGUGGAAAUGACAUGCAGUUACCUACUAUUGUUUCAGUUACAUCCCCUGUGAUUGUGAACUAAUGAAAUUUUUCUUUAAGUGCCUUUUGUAUGAAAUCAAAACACUGCCAUUUUGUAUAUAAUAUAUAUAUUUGUAUUAGAGUAGCUUUGUUUUAUUGUCAUGUUUUUUUUUUGUUUGCUUGUUCUUUACUAAUGUAUUGAAGUGUUAUAAACAUCAAAUCCACAAGAUUGUGCAAUAUACUUUUAUUUUAUUUAACUUAUAUUUCAUUAUGAUCACCAGAUGCUCUGUUUGAUGUAUGCUUCCUUCCUCAUACAAUGCAGCAGGUUUGAAGAGAAUACAUAAAAUCAAUGAUAUUAUUGAUUCAGAGUUAUGUUAAGACUUUUUUUUGUGUUAUGAUUUUGUCAUGCAAGUCCAGUGGUUGUCAUGGCUGACGUCUCAUUUUUUGGGUUACUAUUGAAUUAUCGAUAUUUGGAUGGUCUUGCAUUUGAAUUAACUUGGUAAGUUCUACAGCUAAUCCUAAGAAGAUUUUGGCUUGUUACUUGUUCUCCAAGUUGUACUCUUGAAAAAUUCAUCUAACCCUUAUUUUAAACUUUUAAAAAGUAGGGAAAGUGCAUUAUUAUGUCUAUGUUAGACCUUUACCUCAUUGAAGACAUGAUCAUUCAAAAUUUGUUACUUUCUCUAAAUAACCAAAUCAGUCCUAUGUAUAAAUUUUGAUGUUUAAAUUUUGGAUUAUUCUUUGUAAACUUAAUAAGCGAUAUGUACAUAAACAUCUUGUACAUUAAAAUUGUGUUGUAAUUCAGUUCAGCUUAUGUUUUAUAUAAGCUAUUUUAGUGGUCUUGUUUGUUACAUAUGGUGCAUCUAAUGUGGCACAGAACAAAGUCAAUAAAUAUUUAUAGUGCUUUGUCAGUUUAUGUAACCAUACAAAUAGAUGGAAAAAAAUAACUCUAGUCGAAUUCAAAGCAUUGUUGGACUUGAAUAAAAAAUCAUAGGUUUUA